GGUGCCGGUGUGUGCUCGGUGGCCUCUCGUUCUCCUCAGUCACGGCUCCGGCUCGGCCCCUCCGCGCCGCCAUGUCCGCCCCCGGCAGCGGCGGCGAGUUCGGCAAUCCGCUGCGGAAGUUCAAGCUCGUCUUCUUGGGCGAGCAGAGCGUUGGGAAGACCUCUCUGAUCACCAGGUUUAUGUAUGACAGUUUCGACAAUACUUACCAGGCAACCAUUGGAAUUGAUUUCCUGUCAAAAACAAUGUAUCUUGAAGAUCGCACGAUCAGGCUGCAGCUGUGGGAUACAGCCGGCCAGGAGAGGUUCCGCAGCCUCAUUCCCAGCUACAUCCGUGACUCUGCUGUGGCUGUCAUUGUCUUUGACAUUACAACAGGUUCGGCUGCAGCUCUGGGACACAGCAGGCCAGGAGCGGUUCCGCAGUCUCAUUCCCAGCUACAUCCGCGACUCCACUAUUGCUGUGGUAGUCUAUGACAUUACAAACUUGAAUUCCUUCCAGCAAACCUCCAAGUGGAUUGAUGAUGUUCGGACGGAGAGGGGAAGUGACGUCAUCAUCAUGUUGGUGGGGAACAAAACUGACCUGGCAGACAAGAGGCAAAUCACUACAGAAGAAGGUGAACAGAGAGCCAAAGAGCUGAACGUGAUGUUUAUUGAGACCAGUGCAAAGACUGGAUACAACGUGAAACAGCUUUUCCGUCGUGUGGCUGCUGCCUUACCUGGGAUGGACAGCACACCAGAGAAGAGCAAAGAAGACAUGAUUGACAUCAAACUAGAGAAGCCUCCUGAGCAGCCAGUAACGGAGAGUGGUUGCUCCUGCUAACAGGCCCGUUCUGUAGCAGCACAUUCCCCAGCUGGCCAGUCUCACUGAAGAACAUCACUGCUCAUUGGCUAGGCAACCCUACUGUGGGCUGAAAAAACAAUCUACUAAGCGAGAGAACUCCCUGUUUACGGUGGGGAGCAGCCCUGGCCGCCCCUCUUACUGCAUGGUAUGAGCCUUGAGUGCAGAAUGAGUGUCCUGUCUUUUAUUUUAUUUUUUAUGUUGUUGCACUUUGGCACCGUGGUGCCCUUUACACUCUCUCUUUCUCUCUCUUCCUCUCCUUCCCUCUCCUACCUUGAGCCUGUCUGCUCAGAUGUAUCUUGUGAAUGCAAUGGAAAAGCCACCAAGUUAGGGAAAAGAAAAAAAUAAAGCUUGGGGGUGCGUUUUCCACUUUCCUUUACUGCCUUGCAUCUUAACUAGCUCCCUGUCCACUCCAGCCAUGUCUGUCCUGCAUCCCCACUUCCUCUUUAUAAAGGCUGCUCCUUUUACACCAGUCAGUUUGACUUGGCCUUGCCUUUUUGGGCAGUACAGGUUAUCUGUUUCUAGGCUUUUGCUUCCUGUGGGGCACACACAAUAUUAGCUCUUCAGUUUCUCCUUUCUGUGGAUGGUCUUGGCUAACUCUUGCUCAUGACUUCUGGGUUUUGCCCUACACUCAGACCCUCAUGUGAUGUAAAACACUGGAAACCCCCGAACUGAUAGCUUUGACCUUGUUGCUCCCAUCUGUGUAGCAGAGACAUCCCACAGACUGCUCCCUUCUGUAUGAGCAUCUUCCUGUCUGGAGGAUGUUGGUGCUUGGUGAGUGCUGGCAGUCAGAUGUGGGGAAGGAAGUGGGUACAGAGGCUUUGCAGCAUGAAUCUGGGUGGGGAGGAAUCCUCAGGGUGAUGUGUAGGGACCUUGGUCUUAUCUGUCAACAGCGAAAGUGAACAGCUCUGUGGAGCCCAUCACUGCAGGAGCAACACCUGCCCUGGGAGUCGUGUGUGUUGUUCAGGUUCCUUUCCUAGUCUCCCUCCUCCUGUUUGUAGUCACAUAGCCUAGGAGCUGCUUCACGGAGAGCAGGAGGGCUACAGCAAAUUGAAAGCCAGUUAUAGCUGUUCUGCUUUCAUACCUAGGUUGCUGCUUAAUGAAAUCACACAUAGCUGCUUCUGCUUUUGUUGUGGUCUUACAGAGAGCUGGGGGCUAGUGCCCUGUUGCUUUUGGAACAGUGGUAAGCUGUAACAGAGAUAAGCGCUAGCAGGGAUUUGUUAUCAGACGUGAGUGAGGGAAUAUGCACUGCUAAAGUGCAUUUUAUUGUCACUUCUGGAUGUCUGAGGUUGGGAAAUAACUCGCUCUUCCCUCAGCUCUCUACCCUUGGUUUCUAACAAUGUUAGUAGAGCUCUUUGUAAACUUUCAUUGUGAUUUUUUUUUUUUUUUUGGUGCGUGUGUCCAUCUGACCAAUCCAGAAGUCAGGAGGUCUGUUGACAGAGAGGAGAACAGAACAGCCAGGUGGUUCUAAGCCAUUCACCAUUUCUUUCAUCACCCGGCCUAUGUAUCGCCAUGGGGGAUGCUGGUGGGCAGGAGCACGACGUGCCGCGGUGUUAAGGGUACGAACAGGGACAGCGGUGUUUGGGUUAGUGACGCUCUCCUAGCAGGAUGCCUUGUCGGUCACUGACAUAGUGUGUGCACUUUGGAACCUGCAGGCUGGGGAUGGAGGGGAGGGGGUGGCCUUGGGCUGGGUGCUGGUGGCCUUGUCGGCGAAGCCCCUGGUCAGAGCGCCACGGCUGCUUCCUGGUCGCCUUGGCUUACUGGCAUCUGGUCACCAAGCUGCAGGUGGCUGCCCUUGUUCCUUUGUCCCUUCCCCUCCACAUGAGCUGGCCUGCAGGAGGAAGCUGGGAUGUCAUUUCCCCAUUUCAUUCUGGAGUGUCCCCACCCCUUACCCGCAGUUCCAGCUGGCGUGGCUGGGUCCUCUGCGCCCAGCACCAGCGGGAACUCAGCGCCCUCCUCUGUACAUAACUCCUGUCAUGUGGGAACUGCUGAUAUUUGUCGGUGUGUGUGUGUGUCUGCUGUAGAACAGGUUUUGCUGUCCCCUUCUCAUGGGCAGGUGUGCACUGCGCCUGCUCUUGUAUUGUUCUGAGUCACGGGCCUGGGGGAGGGGAGGGGGGGGGACCGUAAGUAAGGGGGGAGGGGUAACUAGUGAAAUAAAAUAGUUCACUUCCCACUGUCUUCUCUAUGGAUGUGUAUAAUAUUGAGUGUGUGUCUGGCCCUGCUGUCUCCUAGCUGUUAGCCAAGUAAGUGUGACUAUUACUAUGAGUAUGGACUGUCUGACCACAGCCGUGUAUCACACUAAAUAAAGUUAUUUCACCAACA